CCCCACGUAGUUGUUUGAGUGGCUAUUUGGUAGUUGUCAGGGGGGGGGGAGAAAGAAAAAGCGGAACUAGCUAAACAGCAAGCUAGCAGCACGUUAGCUUGGCUAACGAGUUGGUUUGCCCCCAUCGGAUCCUGUCCAGUUUACGACACUCGGGCAACUUUUCGGACAAUGCCGCAAAAUAUCGAGCUCGGUGCCACAGGAGGAGCCUCCAAUCCGAACAGCAGCAACAUGGAAGAAAUGACUGUGGAACAGAUAACCAUGAGGGCCAACCAAGUGACCGACGAGUCGCUGGAAAGCACACGGCGGAUGCUGCAGAUGGCAGAGGAGAGCAGACAGACCGGCGUCAACACCAUGGUGAUGUUGGACCAGCAAGGAGAGCAGCUGAAGCGUGCGGACCAGGGCAUGGACCAGAUCAACCAGGAUAUGAGACUGGCCGAGAAGAACCUCACCGAUCUGUCCAAGUGCUGCGGCCUCUGUGUCUGCCCCUGUGACAGGGUGACAACUAUUGAGCACGACUCACGAUACAAGCGAACCUGGGGUCUCGGAGGAGAAGGAGAUGGCGAAAGUGAUGCCAGCGGCUCAAAGGUCGUCUCGAAGCAGCCCUCGGGGGUCCGCAACGGUCAGGCCCCCCAGAUGAAUGCCUCUGCGCCCUCAGGCCCGUACAUCCAGAGGGUAACCAACGACGCACGCGAGGACGAGAUGGAGGAGAAUCUCGACGCUGUCGGCGGCAUCAUUGGCAACCUGAAAACGAUGGCUGUGGACAUGGGCACCGAGAUAGACAAGCAAAACAAACACAUCGACCGCAUCACUGAAAAGGCGGACAUGAACAAGCAUCGCAUUGAUGAGGCGAACCAGAGAGCCAACAAGCUCAUCAAAUAGACCAGGAGCCCUGCUUCUGCCAAUUUCAUCUAUCAACCUUGAGCCUCUGUCGCCCCACACACACACACACACACACACACACACACACACACACACACACACACACACACACACUUUGACAACAACUCUGGGAGAAUGUUCAUGCCAGCCUGUGUGCCUGCCUUUACUGCACUAAUAUGUCAAGAGAGUACACAAACGUUUAUACAUUAUACGUCUCUGAAUUUGCCGCCACCGCAUCAUACCCUUUUUAAUAUGCAUAUUCGUAGUCAUGCUGGACUCGGGGAGGCAGCGUGGACGUCAGAAGCAAGUGACUGACCGUCUAUCUCUGCUGUUUCACACCAGACUUGCACCCGACCUGUUGUAUCGUAUGGCAACACUCACAUGAUGGAAAGAAGCACAGGUCAAAUACUCUUGUUACCUAUUCCCCCCCUUUCGCCUUUCUCUAAACUUAAAGUGCUAUGAACUGUCUUUGUUUGUGCCUCUCUGGGUAUGUUUGGAUGAUCCAUAGUCAUUAGCUGUCUUUUAGUGAUAAACAGCAUUAAUGUAUAUAUCAACCGCCCCCUCACUGUCCUCAUAGAGAUGCAUCUCGUUUAAUCACAAAGCGUAAUCGUUGGUCUGAAACAAAUAUGAUCUUUUCCCAAAUUCCUAUUGGUUCAACGUGUAAUUAAGUUUAAUGUAUCAUGUGUUGUUUUUGAGAUGAUGUGCCUAUUUAAUUAUUCUUUAUCGAGCAGAAAUGACUUGUGAAUAAAGUUGUCUUCCCUUUUUUUUUAAA